AUGAUGCUUCCCGUCUCCGCUGGAUACAUUGAAGCAAAGGCCCGUGUAAUCCGAGGUACCGACAGAAUCACUGCGUUCAUUUCAGCGGCUGGUGAGUUUAAGGCUGAUUCAAAAAAUGUUGCAAGACGGGCAAAAAUUGAGCAGAUGCUUCGAGAACUCAAAGAUAUCCUUUGGAAAGUUGAAGAGGAUAUCCAGUACAUGGAAAACGCGGUCAGUCAAGGGACAGCUAAAAUUGACGUCAAAUAUACAUCCAGUAGUCGUGCACUCUCUACCACGUUCGAUAAUCUGUAUUAUGAACUUGCUGCCUUUGCAGAUGUGCAGAAAAUCUCACUAUCACCUGUCCUGGAUCUAUCGCUCUCAGCAACCUUAAACAAAACCAUCGGAAGUGGAUCAACUAACGUAUCCCAUGACCAACUGCCAAAACGAUCUUCCUUCGAAAUCUUCGAAUUCCCGAUCUUCUCUGGCAUCAUUACUGAGCGGCAAGGAUUCGACGACCUGUUCAACUCAAUUAUGUCACAUGCCCCAGAACUUCCCGACGUCGAAUGA